UACCACACCAGUUCGGGUUCCCCAACACUCAGCCGCAGCCCCUCUCUCCCUUCCGCACCCUCCCCACGAACCCUCUCUCCCUGUUUCGCCCCCGUUCCCGAUUUCCCAUCUCUCCCUUGAUCGAUCUCCCUGGCGGCAGCUGCUGGCGGCUGCUACUAGCGGCGGCGCACCCUACCAUCUGCCUCUCCUCCCUCGAUUUCUCUCCCCGGCGACUGGAAAGAUGGCGGUUGACCGGAUGUAGAGGAGGUAGGGCGAGCAGGACGCGCGGCGGCGACUCAUCGGCGCAACUCUUCUUCAACCUUUCGAUCUUACCGAUUCCCCCCCCCCCCCGCCCCCCAGAGAAACUGAGAACAACUGUCUUGAUAAUCUAGCCUGAAGACUUGUUUGAAGUUUUGGGAGUCUAUGUUCUAGCAUGCGCAAGCAUCUAUCAUUAAAACAUUCAGUAUCUAGCAAGGAACACAGCAGGCAGAUCCUUUGUUACUUCUGAAUACUGAUGAGCUUCGCUUAUCAUAUUAUUCAGAAUUCUAGUUCAUACUGAUAUGCAAUCUGGGAUGGAACAUACAACAGGUGUAAGUGGUAGGGACCACAGAAUUGAUAUUCCAAGGGAUACUGGCCCUUCUUCUGUUUCGGUGUCGCACAGUGUUGGUAGAGAGAACCAAGAAGAGUUGAAUCCUGUGGAUAGACCUUCAACAAGAGCUCUAACAUCUGCCUUGCAGCCACCCGCAGCAGUAGGUCCACCUCAUGCAGGUAACACUUCAGGCGCUAGGAGAGGUGAUAACUAUGGUCGGCGACAUAGAAGCCCUUUGAACUCUGGACUAUGGAUUUCAAUUGAAGUUAUCGUCAAUGUUAGCCAAAUUGUUGCUGCCAUUGUCGUGCUAUCCCUGUCAAGGAAGGAACAUCCACAAGCUCCAUUGUUUGAGUGGGUCAUAGGUUAUACAGUUGGUUGUUUUGCCACUUUGCCUCAUCUUUAUUGGCGCUAUAUACACCGAAAUAUUGUGAAUGGUGAGAAUGAGCAAGCACACUCACUUCAAGGCUCCUCUCAAUCUCAGAACAACUCAACUGAGCCCACUCAUGCUGCAAGUGCAUCAGAACGACGAAGGACUGCUGCACGGAAUGCGGUUCUUGCGAACCCAAGGAUUAAUGCACUUUUUGACCACUUCAAGAUGGCCUUGGAUUGUUUCUUUGCUGUUUGGUUUGUCGUAGGAAAUGUGUGGAUAUUCGGUGGGCGUUCUUCUGCUGCUGAUGCUCCAAACUUGUACAGGUUAUGUAUUGUGUUCCUCACCUUCAGUUGUAUUGGGUAUGCCAUGCCUUUUAUCCUCUGUGCAAUGAUAUGCUGUUGCCUCCCCUGCAUUAUAUCUGUAAUGGGUUUUAGAGAAGACACAAACAAUACAAGAGGGGCUACCUCAGAGUCCAUCAAUUCUUUACCAACUUAUAAGUUCAAAACCAAGAAACGCCGCCAUGGUUCAGGGAAUGACGCUGAAGGGCAAGAUGGAGGCAUAUUGGCUGCAGGGACUGACAAGGAGCGAUCACUGUCUGCUGAAGAUGCUGUUUGCUGCAUAUGCCUUGCCAAGUAUGCACACAACGACGAGCUUCGUGAACUAGCCUGUACACAUUGUUUCCACAAGGAAUGCGUUGAUAAAUGGCUCAAGAUAAAUGCGCUUUGUCCUCUGUGCAAAUCUGAGAUAGCAAGCUCAUCUGGCACAUCUGAUACCCGUCGGACGGACCAUACAGCUAUUCAAGUGCAGGAGAUUGAAAUGCAUUAGGUUGGUGUGCCUUUUGAGCUAAUACAUAAGAACAUAGUCGCUCGCGGUUCCCAUCUGCAUGUAUAAAGUUGAAGCUUUUGAUAUUGGAUUGUAACGACUGUCUUCUUUUUUUUGUCCCUUUUAUCAUGGAAAAGUUACAGCUCUUCUCGCUGUCAACACUCUACAAUGCAACGCAUUAUCUACCCUGUGGAUUUCCAUCAGAGUGAUCGCAAAAA